AUGUUCGGUUCAAGUCCGAUUUUUCGUGGCAAACAGCACCAACGUGGUACCAUGACCGAGCAAAUGGAACUCAGCGACCUCACCCGAGAGCAGUUGGAGGAAAUCAUCCGGCGCAGUCAGCGACGAGAGAGCCUCAGUGGCCAAAAGGACGUGGUGAAAGCCACGGCUGCGGUGGUUCGCAAGGCCUCUGAAAAGCUGCAGGCAGAGAUUUCUGAAGCGUCGCAGAGGGCAGCCAAGGUGAAGUCAGUGGAUGCUUGUUUCGUUUUGGACUGCACCUCUUCAAUGGGAAACCAAAUCAAGGCUGCGAAGGAGAAGAUUGUUGAGAUCCAGAGUCGCAUUGUUAGGUCCUUGGGGCAUGGAGGCAAUAUCCGCUUCUCCGUUGUAGGAUACAGAGACUACGACGAUUACAACCACUUUGAGAUCUUGCCCUUGACCAGCAAUGUGAAGGAUGUGGAGUCUUUCUUGUCCAAGCUUCGUGCUACUGGUGGAGGGGAUGAGUGCGAAGAUGUGAUUGGUGGUUUGUACCAGGCAUUGCACUUGGACUGGCAGGCAAGAACUCGAAUCAUCUACCUUGUUUGCGAUGCACCUCCACACGGCACCCGAUUUAAGUGUGGAGGUCACAACUAUCAGAAGUAUGAUUCAUAUCCCUCUGACGUUAAGCAGUGGAAAAUCGCAGACAAUGUCAUGGCAACCUCAGUGAAACUAAACCUCAACCUUGUGCUCUUGGACUAUGCAUAUGCUGUGUAUGGCUUCCCUUUGCUCGAUAGAACUUUUGAAGUGUUCUCGGGCUUGCGCCAGGCAACUUCAACAGCUGGGCUUCAAACUUUGGUCCUUCAGCCUGACAAUACUACAGAUGACUUUGUGCAGUGCAUUCUUGCCAGCACCAAGGAGACUCUUUCAAUGACAUUGACCCAGUCAAUUUCAGACCAAUCUAGGGCCAGAACUGAAUUUGCUCAAGCUCAAGCUGAUCUAUCACUUCAUGUCAAAGCCUAUGUUUCCUGGACAGACUGGAAGAAGUGGCCCGUUCAAAAGGUGUUGGUGACCAGUGUGAAUGUCAUUGCCUUGACCUCUGACACCAACCCCACCAGGGUGAUCCAAAGCUUUCGCGUUCGAAAUGAGCCAUUUGCAAGUGGCAGCAUGAGGUACGCCUUUCCUGCCACCAGCCUGGAUGGAAACCUGCGCUUUGUCUUGAAGGUGCACAACGAAGCCAGCAAAAACGUCUCAUCCAUGACCUUGGCAGAUGUGAAAACACAGGCCUAUGCCAGGUUGUUUGCGGAAGAGUUCUCUCAACGCUUUCCCCUAGCACCGGUGCAGUUCGUGGAUGCAUGGGCAAUUGAGCUGCCAAAGUGGAACAUUGCCAAACAUGCAACGCUGGAACCAUUUGUUGCUGGAGUCUUUGAAAAGUACACUAGCAACACCGGUUUCAUUUCUUCAGAAGCAGAACUGGCCGAAGCAUUCUGUCACUUUUCUUGGUGUCAGUCUGGGGGUCAGAUGAUGGUGACAGAUCUUCAGGGCUUUGGGUCAGCCGUCUUCACUGAUCCUCAGAUCCAUUGUGUCAAGCAUGACUUCUUCAGCCGUGGCAAUCUUGGCAAGGACGGCAUGGAUCAGUUCUUCUUGGGACAUUGCUGCAACGACAUUUGCCACAAUUUGCAGCUGAAGAAAUCACCAAUCCAGAUGGGAGUGGCUUCUGAAACUGUUUCCAUUGUCUCCGACAAGUCGGGUGAGCUUUCAUCGAGGUUUUCUUCUCAUGGACCUCUUGUUUGCGAGUACUGCAGCAGCUUUGUGCCACUGCGCGAUCAGGGGUACGUCGACCUCAUUGGCGAGUAUCAGGCAGUGAUGCGCCCUCCGUGCAAGAAGAAAGUGAAGAAGAGCUCGCGCGAAUUCCUCCUACUCGAUCGAUCCAGAAAUGGAGGCUCCCUGGAGUCUCCGCGCUUGAACUUUGGCCUGCCGCUGGUGAGGCUGGACGUGGGCGAAGCUGUGCAGGUCGCUGCUGCUCGAGCGGUGGAAGAGGAGUGCGGCCUGACAGCUUCAUUUCUUCGUUGGCACCCAGUGCCCAUUACUGCAAGCGCCUCAGCAUGGUCCUCCGCGGACUCGAGUUUCUUGAUCGCACAUUGCUUUGCCUGGUACUGCCCGCCAAAGGAGGAGCACUUCCCAAAUCCCUAUGAGGAGUCCUUCAGGUGGCUGUGCCGGAAAGAUCUCCGAGACCUUGCCAGACAGAGGAACCUGGGUCUGAACUUUGCUCGGGAGGUUUUGACUCCGCUGGAAGUGGCGCAGACGCUGAUCGAUCAGCAACUGCUUCAUGCGCCCGAGGAUUGA